AAUGAACGUGCAGUAAGUGGAUUGUCUCAGUAAUUUAGAGAGAAACCCCCCAAUAGAAGCGUAGGUAGGUGGGGACAAAAGAGAGACAACAAAGUACUACAAGUAGAGCACUUCCUUUUUCAGAUUUUGCCUCACGGAAUUGAGAGUUUGUUCUUAUACACAAGUCUAAUGCCCCCUUCCUCUUCUGCAAUGGACCAGGUGGUGUAUGCUGAUUUAAACUUACCCAGGGACUCAGGCCCAGAAAGUUCUUCACCUUCAUCUCUUCCUCGGGAUGUCUGCCAGGGUUCACCUUGGCACCAAUUUGCCCUGAAACUUGGCUGUGCUGGGAUUAUUCUUCUUGCCUUGGUUGUUACUGGGUUGAGUGUUUCAGUGACAUCGUUAAUACGGAAAUCAUCAAUAGAAAAAUGCAGUGUGGACAUUCAACAGAACAUGAGUAAAACAACAGAGAGACUGAGUCUCUUAAACUGCCCAAUAUCUUGGAAGAAAGUCGGAGAGAAAUGUUUGUUACUUUCUGACACUGUCAACCCUUGGAAUAACAGUCUAGCUGACUGUUCCACAAAAGAAUCCCGUUUGCUGCUUAUUCAAGAUAAGGAAGAAUUGAGACUCACACAGAAGCUGAUACAUGACAAAGCCAUUCCAUUUUGGAUUGGAUUAAAGUUUUCAUUACCAGAGAAGAAAUGGAAGUGGAUAAAUGACUCUUUUUUAAAUUCUGAUCAGUGAGUAUUAGAUUAACUCAUUUUAUUCAAUUUAUAUCAGGUUUACACUGCAAGGUAGUAACACUGAAGAUUGAGUUUUGUAGUUUUAAUUUGUUUUAACAACUCUCCAGAGGUUCAGAAUAGGGUAAGAAGGUGGAUGAUCUCAAAGUUGUUUGGAAAUUUCUAUAGAUGAAAAGAUAUCAGCUCUUUAUAAGAAAAUACAUUUUUAUCUGCAAUGGAGUUUUAGGGGACAUGAAACAGACUAAUUUAUUUGGAAGGGGCAAAUUAAAUUAAAAAUAAUGUCCACCUGGAGGCCAUUGGCACACAGAAUGUCUUAAGUAGUGUUUUUCAAACUGUAGGAAAACCUUAGUGGGUAAUAAGACCAAUGUAGUGGGUCACCGCUGACAUUAAAAGAAAGAAAAGAUAGUAAAUAUCAGAGUGCAGACCCGGACACCCACACUGUGACAAAUAUUGCAGUAUAUUUGAACCACUGCUGUGAAAGGGAGAGGUGUUUGAGAGGAUGUGACAAAAACAUGCAUAAGCCACUUGCUGUUUUCUCUUCAAUGUCACAUUCUUUUUUCUUGUGUAAGACAGUCAAAAUAACCAUCAAUGUAGUAUGAGGGUUGAUGCAACACAAGUAAAUUUCAUAUUUUAGCAGAAUUUGUGGUUAAUUUUGCAGAAAAGGGCAAGGUAUUUUCUUUUCUCACAAGCAAAAGUGUGUAGGCUUUCAACCAUAUUUCUGUAAAGAACUUUUAAUUUUUCAAAAAAGAUAACACAGAGAGUUGUAUUUAAUGUGUCUAUAAAUGAUUUAGUCAAAUUGGAAGCAUUUACACUUAAAAUGUAUUUUCUGCCAGUCAAAAAACGAGGUUAAAACAUAAAACAUAAAAUGUUUAAGUUUAUCUAAAGUAUACUAAUAAUUUAUGAAGUAUGUAAAGUAUUAAACACUGAAAGAAAUGUUGGCUGAAUUAGCAAAUUUUGCCAUUAUAUGAGCCACAUUCCAAAUACUUUAUAAAGUGUAAGAUUUUAAAAUAAAGAUUUUUUUUUUUUUUGAGACGAA